UUUGACAGUGCAAGACGCCAUCACUCAUGCGGAAGAAAUCGUCUGGGAUUGGUCACUGGGUUCCGAAGUAAACAAACUAAUAUAAGAUACUAGGAAAACAUAUAACGUGCGACGAGAGGCUUGCACGGUUAGUAGAGUUCGGAAAGUUGAUGUCGUCACUGCAUGGUUAACGAACUCACCUCUCGCAUCGCACUUGGAAAUUGCAGCGAGAAUUUAAUCAACAUGACUUGUUUUUACGUCUUAUUAGAAAGCCUCAGUUCAUUCCUAAAUAUCAACUUAUUUUUUACCGUCGCUACCUCGUUGCUACUUGUUCUGGUUUUCGCUUCUAAACUGCAAGGUGUGAGACUACAACGCAGGCUACCUCCAGGCCCUAUUAGCAUACCCAUACUUGGUGCUGCCUAUUGUAUUGGAAAAGACAACUACAAAGACUUUACCAGGUUAAGCAAGAAGUAUGGCGACAUUUACAGUCUUUACCUUGGUAGUCGCUUGGUAGUCGUGCUGAACGGAAGUGACGUCAUCAAUGAAGCGCUUGUGAAGAACUCGACUGUAUUUGCAGGUCGCCCUGAUUUGCUCACCAUGGUGAGGGCCGGAUGUGGAGGAAGAGGAAUUCUGCAUUCCACCUAUGAAAAUAAAUGGAAGAUAUUACGUAAAACGUCCUUCUCUGCCAUCCACAAGUACCUCACCACUAAAGAUGUCUUGUACGCUACUCUUAACAAAGGAAGACAUCGCCUUAUCGAACAACUACACAACAACCAAGCCACACCAUACGAUGUCAUGUCAGCACUCAAGUCCACCACUGCUACAGUCAUACUUGGAGCUCUAUUCGGCGACGAUUACUGCAAACAAGACGUGGAUAAAAUCCUAGCUCUUUCAGACUCGUUCCGCGAGACCGUUGGAUGUGGUUUAGCUAUAGAUUUCAUGCCUUGGUUGAAGUAUUUUCCCAAUUCUCAACUUGAUCGCUUGAGUGGCAUCAUGGAUCAAGCAAAGAGCGUCAUCAGCAAAUUGUACUUUGAAAAUAAAUCCUCAUACAAAAGAGGAACCAUUCGUAAUCUCGCUGAUUCGUUGUUGGAAGGAGUCAACAAUCUCAAGGACAAGCAAAGACAAAAUCCAAUACUAGACUGCAACUCAAACCUGGUUGAAGACGAAGGUCUCCCCACAGAUGACCUGGAUUCUAUCAUGGCUCUUGUCGAUCUUUUUGGAGCUGGCUUUGAUACCAGUUCCAUCACUCUGUACUUUGCCAUUGCGUACUUGGUCAAAUACCCUCAUGUACAAAGGAAGGCACAAGAAGAGCUUGAUCAAGUCAUUGGAAGACACAGGAUGCCUCAAGUAUCAGACCUUGACAAUUUGCACUACACUAACGCUUGUGUUUACGAGUUGUUGCGUAUCUGUGCUUUGGCGCCUUUGUCUGUGCCUCAUUCUACCACAUCUGAUGUCAUCUUUCGUGGCUACUUCAUCCCUAAAGGUACCGUAGUUUUCGUCAACCUGUGGUCCGUGMUACGAGAUCCAAAGCUAUGGAAAGACCCGGAUGUUUUUGAUCCUACCCGUUUCCUUGACGACAAAGGUCACGUGAUAUCCCCUAGRCGGUUACCCAAAUUCCUGCCAUUUUCUACCGGUCGUCGUGCUUGUGUUGGUAGAUCGCUAGCCGAGGUUGAACUGCCGUUUUUAUUGGCAAGUCUGGUUCACCAGUUCGAGUUUACAAGCGCUGAMUCUAGCGAGGAGAAGAAGAAGACGGUCAAGACAGAAAAUGGACUUACCUUGAAACCUACGAAAUAUGAAGUCAUUAUAAAAGCACGCUAAAGCACGCGAAUUUCUAUCGAAUUCCUACUUUUUUGUUCCAAAUUUACAGGGUUUUUAGUCGAUGAUCAGAGAACCAGAAAAAGUUAGAGCAUUUUGACACAAAAUGUAUCCAAUUUUGUCAGUAAACUACAACAGUUGACAGCUA